UUCAUAUUGGUUAUCGUUUGUUUUUCCGCAUCAAUGUUCACGUCGCUUAAAAAUUUACCGUCUGUACUUUACAAACUUCCUACAAUUUUAUUUACAAUGUUCAACACAAUUAUUCGUGAAUUUUUGGCGUCUUUUUAACACUUUUUUAUACUGAUGGAUUACAUCCGCAAACAUGUUUCCUCAUCGGCAGCACUAUUUCAACCGGUUAACCAAAUCUUACCCGCUCCUGAGACUCAUCGACGUUUACGAUAGAGAGUCCUUUAUUCGCGAAUAUGUCUUGGACAACGUGUUCGUUUGUAUCUUCAUGUACAUACUCUUUUACUUUGCCAUCUGGUACGCUCACAAGGUUAUCAAGCGGAUAGAAAAGAAAAAUCGAGAAAUGCUGGCGACAGUAGAAAGGAAUAGAUCAAGGUUAGACGAUAUCAUAGCACUGAAAAAUAAACGCGCAGAGUAUGAAGAAGUCGUCAUCAAAGCGAAAGGCGAUCAAAAAAUAACAACAAAGCAGCUGGAUUUGGAGAUGCGACGAUUAAGUUCGGAACUAGUGUCUACAAUGAGCAAGUUAAACGAGUUAGAGAAAUUUUUGACGAAGAUGAUUUUCAGUGGAAAUUUUGGAAGAAUUGUACCGAGCGAUCGACUAAGAAAGUUGCGACGUUCGAGGGCGAACAAUCAGAAGGAUACGAAGAUUCGGAGAACGCAUUCGAAGACAUUAAGGUACUCGAGCCGUCGUUCCCGCCGCCGAUGCCGCCCGAGCCGCCACCGCGCAAGUUCGGGGUCUUUGCGCGACCACCCGCGGUUGCAGCCUCCUCCGUUACGAACCCGUCCACGAAAAUCGGAUUCAAGUAACAGAGCCUCUGCAGAAACUUCCUCAUCCACUGAAUCGUCUUGCCGAGUUUCCAAUACAUUCAUGAUGAAAUAUCACAUGGAGCAAGGUGAUCGAAAACAGAAUCAUUCGAGCAGGUACUCAUCAAGGAAGUCGGCACCUUUCGAUGCUGUUAAAAAAUUACCUUCUGAAAUUUACGGUCCAAGCGCACCUUUCACAAGGCCUAUCAUAAAUAUCAGUCCCAUUGUCAAUCGCGUUUAAAUUGUCUUUCUGAUUCUGCAAAAGUGAGUUUUUUUUUGCAAAAUAAAAUCUUAAAAUUAUUCUUAUCAAUUAA